AUGGAUGGGGAAGAUGGCAAGAAGGAAUGCUCUGUGCAACUGAAGAGAUUUGCAGAAGCAAUGAGGACGAGGCAGAUGCUUGUAAACGAUAUAGGCAGGGCCAAGGAGUGUUUGAGUGUGCUGGAGGAUCAUAGGAAUGCAUUGGUGGAUGUGCUGAGGAUUUUGGAUUGUAAGAUGGAUGUUGAUGCCGAUGCAUGUGAGUUGAGAGCGAGGUCUGGAAUGCAAAGCAUGCUUGAUUGGAAAUUUGAGAAUGUACCUGGCGAAAGAUAUGCUCUGGUGAUAUUCAGCCUUGGAAAGAUGCCUACGCCAAGCAUGAGAUCUUUCUAUAGCCAGAAGUGGGUGUAUCCUGUUGAUUAUGUGUGCAAGAGGGUUUAUUUGCGCCAUGGCGGUGAGGAGACGGAUGGAGGGCUGAUGGUUUACAAGUGUGUGAUUAGGAAUGUUGGGAGCAAGCCUUUGUUUGAGGUGUCUGACGACGAAGGAAUGUGCAUUAGUGGGAAGUCUGGAGAGGUGUUUCUGGCACUCAAGAGGCUAUUUCCUGGAGGAAUUGAGUUUGAAAGCCUGAAUGAGUUUUUUGGGCUUGGUAAUGUGCAUGUUCGCAAGAUGCUGAGCAUGCAGAAAGGGUUUGAUGAGCUUGAGGCAGGAAGCAGAUGGGCAUUGGAUGAGUAG